AAAGGCCCCUCUCUCUCUUAUCUCAAUACAUAGUGUCUCAUGUUCAAAUGGUUAGGACCUUGGCCUACAGCCCUCACUUCCCAUCUUAUCGCUUCGCCCGGUUCCACACCUUGGCCCGUCAAUCACAAGCAUGCACCCAACCUGCAACUCCAAACAAAGUCACUCUGAGACGGCCCAAUCUCAGGAUCCCAAACCUUUCCAAAAUCAAGGGCCGGAAGAACAUUACCACGACUACAACUACGGAUGUUUUAUGCCUUAUGGACAGCCUGCAGCUUCCUGUACCAGAAGACAUCUAUGCUUAUCUCCUCAAAGAAUGCACGGACUCCAGAGACCCAAUUAGAGGCUCUGAGGUCCAUGCCCACAUUAACAGAAGUGAUCUCCAACUUGGGUUGCCCUUAGCCAAUCGCCUGCUUCUAAUGUAUGUCUCUUGUGAUCGUUUAGAUGCUGCACAAAAUUUGUUCGACAAAAUGCCCGUUAGAAGCUCCAUUUCUUGGGUGACUAUGAUUGCUGGUUACGUUCACAACGAUGAACCCAGGAAAGCACUAUGGCUGUUUUUCAAAAUGCCACAGAGGACUAGCUUGGAAUCCACUGGUUUGGUUGUCGUUAGUGUCCUCAAGGCUUGCUUCCAAACGGGUGAAUUUGGGCUGGGGAAGCAAGUCCAUGGAUGGGUACUUAAAAUUGGCUUUGGAAAAGAUUUGUUUCUGGGAAGCGCGUUCGUCGAUUUUUACACGAAAUUCGGAUGCUUAGAAGGUGCAAGAUUUGUGUUUGAACAAAUUUGUCGUCGGGAUACUGUGCUUUGGACGGCCAUGAUUGGUGGGUAUUGUAGAGUAGGGAAGUUUGUCAAGGUCAUGGAUCUGUUUAAAGAUAUGGGGAGAGAAGGGGUAAAGAAGAACAACUUUACGAUGUCAAGUGCUCUGCGAGCGUGUGGAAGGAUUAUGGACGAUGGGCACUUGGGAAGGCAGGUCCAUGCCAGUGCCAUCAAACUUGGGGUGGAAAUGGAUCUCUAUGUGAUGAGCAGCUUGGUUGACAUGUAUGGGAGAUGUGGGCUCCUUAGUGAUGCAAGAAGGGCGUUUGAGAUUGUUGGUAACCAGAGGAAUGAGGUAUGUUGGAAUGCCAUGCUUACUGGAUAUUUGCAGAAGGGGUUCUAUGAUGAAGGCAUCAAGUUAAUGUAUCAAAUGAAGGCAGCUGGCCUGCAACCUCAGGAUUCAAUGCUCAAGAAGGCAAGGUUGGCCUGUGGCGAUUGAGAAUCUUGAGAUAGACUGAUGGUUCUAACAGUAAGUUCAUUGAAGCUGACCUUCUUAUCUGGGCUUGAGUUACUC